AGACGAUACAUAUGUUAUUAAAGUAUGUCACACAAGUUACUUUAACUCUUGUAAGUGCUGAUGCGUCCUCCUUCAGAAUUAUCUUUUUGUCUCAUAUGUGGUUGUCAUCACCAGUGAUGUAUCAAUUUGUAUUUUUUCAGAAGAUUUUGUUCCGUGCUCAUUCUUUUUUAAAUCUUUAACAUGAAGCAAAGACUGGAUAUCAAGUAAAAAUGAUAAUGAUAAUUAGCUAAAUUUAUCGAACUUCUUUUUUACAACUAUAAUAGAUGCCACUCUUUCAGUAAACAUCCAUCAAAUAAUUCAUAAUGGGUUUGUAACGUAGUUAAUUAACUCGAUAGUUCCGUAAGUGUGUUAUUCAAAUUGUGCCACCAGCACGAGCAGUAGCGAAGGGACAGUAAAUGUUGGCACUCACACAAAUGUGUUUCAUAUGUAAAUAUGUAGGAAAAUAUUUAAAUUCUAAUAAAUAGUGAAAAGUAUGUAUGUAAUGUGAGGCAUGUGUUCAGGGAAAUAAGAGCGAGCUCGGUGUCCGGAACACUAAAAAUAAUAAAUGAAUGUCAAUGGCACUAGUCCACAUAGUGUCAGACAUUCGAGUCGGAUGUCCGAGUACAGCGUGUCUUGGGUGCGUUCGAGUGACCUUCAAAUAUUGACUCACGCUGGAGCGGUGUUCACGGCCGACUCGCGAGUCUCCUGUUCGGAGGCUCCUUAUAACAGUGAAUUUGAAGAUGUCGACGACCCAUCCGGAGAUCUGUCUCUCUACAGAGGAGGCAUCCUGACGUCACGAGAUGACUCCUGGGACACUGUGGGAAGCGUCCACACCUUGAAGAUUGAAAGGCUUCGAGUCAGUGACUCGGGCAGAUACGAGUGUCAGAUUAACACAGAACCGAAGUUGAGUCUGUUCUUCAACCUGACAGUUGUAGAAACAUCUCUACCGUCGGUGGUGGUGCGAACCCUGAACACUGAUGCCGGUGAUGUGGUGUGGGUGGUCGGGGAGGGGGAGGGUCGUGGAGCUCGACUGACGUGUGAGGCACGCUAUGAACCUGCGGCAGGCUCCUUGCUGCACGACGAGGUGCUGGCAGCCCUGCCACCACUGAGGAUCACCUGGAAACACGAGGGGGAAACGAUCGACCCGCAAAGUCCACGCGGAGGUAUCUCCCUGGACUCGGAGCGCUGGUCCGGGCGGGUGGUGUCCCGACUGACUCUGGCGCGGGUGACGGGACCCGAUGCCGGGCGGUACUGGUGCGGAGUUGGAGAUGCGGGGGCUGUGACGCAGCUGAGAUUGAAACACGACCAAGGGUUAGAACCUGAUGUCGGUGAGUUGGAAUGGAUGCAGCGUGACCAGGCCGUCGCUCGUGUGAGUGGGGCCGGCUGUAUCAGAGACAGCAGCCUCGUCCCGGCGGUGGCGCGGACACUUUGCUCCCUGAUCAUGAUGAUGAUGAUGAAGCUCCUCACGUGACGUAACACUCGACUUAUGUAAAAUAUGUACAUAGUUAUUUAUAGAGCUUGUAAAUAAAUGAGAUGGUACGUGUCGA